AGAGAGAUCUUCGUUCUCUUUCUAGGUUUUCCCUUGGGAUUUUCACACCUCGAUCGUCCAUCCUUUCUUUUCAUAGAAAACCCUAGCUCUGGCUCCUCUUCCUAUACUGAGAUUCUCCAACGCCGCCGCCUGGCGCAGUUUCCACCGAAGCAGCUAAAGCAGAACCCUUCUAUGGUAGCGAAAUCCAUUGCUCCGACUGCAAGAGACCUCCCGCCGGAGGUCUUUGGGACAGAGACUCCGCCGGAAAAGCCCCGGGGUCGGGUUCUCCCAUCCAGAUGUUCAGCAGAUGGCGAUGCUGGAGCUUGGACCCUCUCGAGCAUAAUGCAGAAACUAUCCAAGGGAGACGAACUUGAAAGCUCGCAUGAUCGGUGUAAUGCUUGCACAGAAUUCUAUGUCCAAAAGGGCAUUGGCUAUCUAAUUGAUGAGGACUCAAUUGAGGAAUAUGAAAAGGUGGCAAAGGAAAAGAGGAAGGAGAAAUUGGAGCAACAGGAAGGAGUGGAGUUAAAUUUUCUCAGCAAACUUGGUCAUGUCCAAAAGAUUGAGAUUCUGAAUGGCAUUGCUGACAUGAAGAAUGAGCUCAGGUCCUUCAUGUUUCUUUUGUUUUACAGAACAAAGGUAUAUUUCAGCAGUGGGUGGUCCAGGCAUGAGAAGAGAUGGAUUGAGAGUGGCAUUUGAAGGCUAGAAUUUUUGCAAUGAAGUUGGCAAUGAAAUUCCUGAGAUGGGAAGUCCUAGAGCAGCUGACUGUUUUGAUUUCUUAAGUAAGCUCAAACAAACAUUUAUGGUUUCAAAAAUGUAUUUCAAGCUCAAAACCAACAGAGAAAAAUCUUUAUGGUUUUUGUCUAUGACUCAAUACUGCAUUUCAACAUCCCA